UGGCAGUUGAUAUAACGGCUGGGAAGUCGAUUCCCAUUCCCAUUGAUAACACUAUCCGAGAGGUGACUAUCAAGAUCAUAGCAGACGCCGGCCUCAGGGGGGGGAACCCGUCAACUCCCUGUCUGACCCACACGGUAACGUUAUCCCCAUGGCAACUGUUGGAAAUGUAACCAUCAAAGAUCUUGGAGGCGGAGUUCGAUUUAUCAAGAUAAAGUCCCCCCAGCCCGGAUUAUGGCAUCUGACGAAGAAGGACAGUUACCACUGGGACCUGGAGGUGACCGCCCAGAGCACCAUCGACUUCAGCACCAAGUUUGUACAGACAAACCCCAUGAACGGAUUCCAGUAUGAGAUUACAGGAAGACCCAUUGCAGGUGAUGCUGCUACUGUAAUCAUCACAGUCCCGUCAAUAGACAAGAUAGGGGGGAUCACUCAGGUCGUUCUAACAGACAGUAAGGGAAGUCCAGUAGAGUUAUCUCCUUUGACUCAGGGUCGAGGUCGGGCUGCUUCUAUAUUCAAAGGAAGAUUCACCUUGCCGAUUAAGACGUUCCAAGUCACUAUACAAGGCACUGAUGAUGGAGGGAACGCCCUGCAGCGACUUGACCCAGGGAAGAUAUCCCCCAUAGCUGUCAAACUACAAAUAGGAACCCUUGCUGGGUCUCUGUACAUCAACGAAGAUCUGAAGAUCCCCUUCACUGUGACCAACACCGGGGACAGCAAGACCACCAUAGCUGUUGACAUCACAGACGAUCAGGGAUUUGCUGUCAGCCCAUUAAAGAAGACAUUUGCCCUGGAAGGAAACAGUAGCGCCACUGGUAGCUUCACAUUGCAUGCUGGGAGCACUGUUGGAGUAACAACGACCGUUACAGUGUCUGCCCAACCUGUGGGCUCCACGUCUCACAGUCCACAGUUUGACACUCGCAGGGUCACAGUGGAGAAACACGUCAUCAGGAAAGUAGACAACACGACCCCUGAGUGUAACGUCACCUCGAUGACCGGAAGUUGCAGUGUGGCUCAGAUGGAUCCGUGUAGUUGUCACAUGCACACGUGGUCAGGGACGGCAGUGUUCGGGGAUGUGGGUUUCGGGCUGUUCCAGAUAUCGUCCACGGUGGGGACGUCGGGCAGCUUCACGUACGAGAACUUUACCAUGGGACAUACCAUUGACAAGGGGGUCAAGACGGCCAGAAUAGGGAGCAACUGCUGCCACCCGGUGUCGUACAUCAACGUGGUGGACAUGGCCAGCAACACUGCUCAGUGUAAGUUUGACCUGGCACCGGGACUCGCCAAACCCGUGUACGACUGUACGACGACUACUACUAUUACCACUACAACGUCAGCAAAUCACCAUGUAUCAAGUCCGUCAUCUGGCCAUGUGGGGGUCCAUACGUAUCCUUCAUCCAAGGACCACACCCCGCCAGUCUGUAACGUCACCUCCACACACGGCCGGUGUAGCCAGUCCCAGACAUCGUCCGACGACUGUGACCAGCACGUGUGGUUUGGAACAGUUCAAUUCGGAGAUGAGGGGUCAGGUCUUUAUCUGGUCAAGUCCACUGCUGGUGAUUCCAGCGUCCUCAACUACAAGUUCACCGAAGGAGACACCACAGACGACGGCAUCAAAACAGCCACUUUAACGGCCACGUGCUGCAACCCCUUGGCGUACAUCGUCGUCAUCGACGUCGCCGGUAAUGAAGGCCAGUGCGACUUGGAUGUGGCAGAGGAGAUGGCUGCUCCUGAAACUGGUAGUGUAUUGACGCCUGGAGCUGUUGCUGGGAUAUCAGUCGGUUGUCUCGCCGUGUUGGCAGGGGCGGUAACUGCUGCUGUACUCCUCACCAAAUACUGCUACUGUUCCACUCAACCCUCAACGAAAACCGGCAGGUUUCGGACAACAGCGUGGGAUUAACGUCGUAUCACGUCCAAGUCAACGGAGGUUUUUGUAGUGCAAGCUGUUCUUUGUGACAUGACGUUAGACGUUAGUUGAUGUUCUGUGUCUAACCACUUUGUCGUGUAAGCUGUUGUUCUUUGUGACAUGACGUUAAACGUUAGUUGAUGUUCUGUGUCUAACCACUUUGUCGUGUAAGCUGUUGUUCUUUGUGACAUGACGUUAAACGUUAGUUGAUGUUCUGUGUCUAACCACUUUGUCGUGUAAGCUGUUGUUCUUUGUGACAUGACGUUAGUUGAUUUUCUGACGUUCUGUAUCUAUGUAUAACUGCAAUUCCAUUCCACGGAAAUGUGUCUCCUUGUGGAUUGCCCUUGUGGCUGCCAGUCUGUGAUAAGUCAGUUGAUCUGACUCUAAAAUAUUACUCGAGUUUCAUCAUAAACACUCAUUACCUUUCUUCGAGUGAGUGAUUUCACAGAUUUAGAGACGCGACAGUCCUAUUGAAUCUGUAAUGAAAUGUAAUAACUAUCUAACCGCGUCUUAAACAAUACCUUUAAUAAACAGAAAACAUGACUACAUUCAAAACAAAUCAGUUUCAACAAAUAGAAUAUAUCCGAGACUUUAAAAAUGUACGGUUUCCAUACAGAUGACUCCCAGUUCUAUGUUACCUGAAGAUGAGAUAUAGCCCUAGUGGAGCGGCUUUCAAGCUCAUGUUAUCAUUAUUUGAAAUUCCCGAUUCGCCUAUCAGUAUACCAUAAUACCACAUCAGAAUGAUAAUUUUCCUUCCCAAGGCCUUUAUCAAAUUCAAUAAGAAUAUCACAGGAAAAA